CCGGAAGCUUCUGUUCUUCGAUUUUUGGUGUUUUCUUUUGACCUUUGAAUAAAAAAAACCCCUUCAAUUUCUACUAGGUUACAGCUAUUAUAUAUAUUUCAUUACAUCUCUUUCGUUGAAUUCGUCGUAGUUUGCAUCCAAGGAUCGUGAUUCAGUUCCAGUUCGUUGUUUAUUGCUUCGGAUUUUCUUCUGAAAGAAUUCAGACUUAAUUAGAAUGCGUGCACCAUCAUUGUUUACACAAUGCUUGCCUGGAUUGGUGCCCCAUGACAGGGUAGCUCAAAGCAUGUCCAUCACAUCUGAUAAGGAGAUGCAUCUGCCUUCACCAGCUGUUGAGAUUCUACCCUCUAAGAUGAGAUACCCUUACAGAAAUGCUGUUGAAAACAUAGAUUGUCAAGAAGUUAGCCUCUUCAAGGGAAGAGUUAGUGUCUCAGAUAUUAUAGGUUCAGAGUUGAAAUCAUCAAAACCUGAUGCAUCUUUGAAAUCCUGGGAUAGCUCAUUUGAUCUUGUUAACAUCCUUAAGCAUGAGAUUCGUGAUGGACAGUUGAGCUUUAGAGGCAAAAGGGUACUUGAGCUUAGUUGUGGCCAUGGAAUCCCAGGGAUCUUUGCUUGUCUAAAGGGAGCUUCAACAGUGCACUUUCAAGAUCUAAAUGCAGAAACAAUAAGACGUACAACAAUCCCAAAUGUCAUGUCUAAUCUUGAACAAGAAAAGGAUAAACAAAGCAAACAGCCUGAAACUCCACUUACUCCAUCAAGACAAAUUCUCUCUCCAACAGUUCACUUUUAUGCUGGAGAAUGGGAAGAGCUUCCUGGAGUUUUGUCUGUUGUAGAGAAGAAUGUUCUAGAAGCAUCACCAGUAAUGAACCUUAGUUUCUCAGAAGAUGAUUUUAUCGAUAGGUGUAGCUACAGCAGCCAUGAUGGUAGCAUCAUGGGACAAGAACAUUCUUCUAGAAAGUCAACUGGAAGUAGGGUGUGGGAGAGGGCUAAUGAGAGUGAUGUUGGAGGUGGAUAUGAUGUUAUAUUGAUGUCUGAUAUUCCACAUUCGGGAACUUCUUUAAAGAAGCUUUAUACACUCAUUAAAAAGUGCUUGAAGCCUCCUUAUGGAGUAGUAUUCAUUGCUACUAAAAAAAAUUAUGUUGGGUUCAACAGCACAGCUCGACAACUAAGGAGCCUGGAUUAUGAGGCCAGGAGAUACAUUGAUCAACCAGUUGAAGUUCCUAGUCGAAUCACAACAGAGGAGUACUUGAUGAAGCUGGAUGAAGCACUUGAGGUUAAUGAAGAGGUUUUAUGUGAUAUAUUGGUGGAUAAUAAUGGUAUUAAGAAACUCCAGUUUGAAUUAAUCGCUUCAAUGGGUGUGGUCCCUUUUGCUUCUGAAGGCUUUCCAAUCUUUGGUCCGGUAAUAAGAGGAGAAGAUGCCACAGAAAUCCCAAAAAAAGAACUUGAGGAGGUUGAGUCCUUCUUUGGACUAUCUGCCAGUGCCAAGGGAUUGGAUUCUAACAGUAAUCAUUUUUGUUGUCCUUUUCAGAAAUUUGAUUCGAGUUCAGCCGUGGAGGUUGGAAGGAAGCUUUUGUGCAGCAAAGACCAUUUUGUAAUGUUUUUAUGUCACAAAGAGAAAUUCGGUAAUGCUUCUCUACCAUAG